AUGGCCGGUCUGGAUUUAGGCACAACUCCUCGUUUCAUCCACCACCAGCUCCACCACCACCACCACACCCCCGAUCUCCACCUCCAGAACCCUUCCUCCGCGGGGAACGAUAGUCCCCACCAUCAACACCAUUACCUGCACGAUCUGAAUCGUGCAGGCGGUGCUGGUGCUGGAGACUACGGACUAGUCUUACAGGCUGGUGGUGGGGGUGGUGGUGGUCUGUCCUUCCUAACCGAGACCGACCACCACCACCAGCAUCAUCCUCGUCCCGACGACGAGGAUGGCGGGGACGACGAGCCUCCACAGGGGAGCCACGGCGGCGGCGGCGGGGUGGCUACACGGAGGCCACGUGGCAGGCCGCCCGGGUCGAAGAACAAGCCGAAGCCGCCGGUGAUCAUCACGAGGGAGAGCGCCAACACCCUCCGGGCCCACAUCCUCGAGGUCGGCAGCGGGUGCGACGUGUUCGAGUGCGUGGCCAGCUACGCCCGGCGGCGGCAGCGCGGGAUCUGCGUGCUGAGCGGGGCCGGGACGGUGACGAACGUCAGCAUCCGUCAGCCGGCGGCUGGACCGGCCGCGGAGGCGGGGAUCGGGAAGCUCCACGGGACGUUCGAGAUCCUGUCGCUGUCCGGGUCGUUCCUGCCGCCUCCGGCGCCUCCCGGAGCGACCAGCCUGGCGAUCCUGCUGGCCGGAGGGCAGGGGCAGGUGGUCGGCGGGACGGUCGUCGGCGAGCUGAUCGCUGCCGGUCCGGUCAUCGUCAUCGCCGCUUCUUUCACCAACGUGGCUUACGAGCGGCUGCCGUUGGAGGAGGAAGAGGAGGACGGUGGUGGAGCUGCUGCUGCUGCUGCGGCGGCGGCGGCAGGGUUGCCUUUCCUUAACUUGCCGGUGGAGGGAUGGAGCGGCGGCGAGGGAAGAGCUCCGUAUUGA